UGUGAAGUCAUCGAUCAUCACAUAAUUCCUUUGGAGGAUUUGCUCGAACGUCUCCAGUCUAACGUAGAUACUGGACUGACAGAUGCUCAGGCAGCGGCAGUUCUAGUUCGAGAUGGACCAAACGCGCUUACACCGCCGAGGAAAAUUCCGGAAUGGGUGAAAUUCUGCAAAAAUUUAUUUGGUGGAUUUGCAAUGCUUUUAUGGAUUGGCGCAUUUCUUUGCUUUGUCGCGUAUGCAGUAGAUUAUUUCUCUAUGGAAUAUCCAUCCAAGGAUAAUCUUUAUCUGGGAAUAGUGCUUGCUGCUGUUGUCAUUAUUACGGGGUGUUUUCAAUACUACCAAGAAUCGAAAAGCUCAAAGAUAAUGGACUCAUUUAAAAAUAUGGUUCCAACUUACGCAAUGGUCAUUCGGAAUGGCGAGAAGCGACAGAUGAGAACGGAGGAUAUUGUAGUAGGGGAUAUUGUUGAAAUAAAAGGAGGCGAUCGUGUGCCAGCUGAUGUGAGAGUUAUAUCAGCCCAUGGCUUUAAGGUCGACAAUUCCUCAUUAACUGGCGAAUCUGAACCUCAGUCUCGAAGUGCCGAAUUUACAAAUGAUAACCCGCUGGAAACGAGAAAUUUGGCUUUUUUCUCAACAAAUGCUGUUGAAGGCUCUGCUAAAGGCAUUGUUGUUUUCACUGGAGAUCGAACUGUUAUGGGAAGAAUAGCUCAUUUGGCGUCUGGUUUGGACACUGGUGAAACACCAAUUGCUAGGGAAAUCGCUCAUUUUAUACAUAUAAUCACAGGCGUUGCUGUCUUUCUUGGAAUAUCUUUCUUCAUAAUCGCUUUCAUUCUUGGUUAUCAUUGGUUAAGCGCAGUAGUCUUUUUAAUUGGUAUUAUUGUCGCAAAUGUGCCGGAAGGACUCAUCGCUACUGUAACGGUGUGUUUAACCCUAACUGCAAAGCGUAUGGCCUCAAAAAAUUGUUUGGUGAAAAAUUUGGAAGCUGUUGAAACUCUUGGAUCCACUUCAACGAUUUGCUCAGACAAAACUGGUACACUAACGCAAAAUCGAAUGACCGUUUCACAUAUGUGGUACGAUGGUGCUAUCAAUGAGUGUGACACAUCUGAAAACCAGGUUUCUAAACGAGAAUCCAGUAAAUCAUUGGCUUAUAGGGCUCUCAUCCAGGUUGCUGCGCUUUGUAAUCGAGCGGAAUUUAAAACCGGACAAGAAGAUGUUCCUGUGCUAAAAAGAGAAUGUACUGGAGAUGCUUCUGAAUCUGCUUUGUUGAAAUGUGUCGAAUUAUGCGUUGGAGAUGUAAAAGGAUGGAGGGAACGAAGCAAAAAAGUGUGUGAAAUACCAUUUAACUCCACUAAUAAGUACCAAGUUUCAAUUCAUGAAAUUGUGGAAAAUAAUAGUUUUUAUCAUUUGCUCGUUAUGAAAGGUGCACCAGAACGAAUCCUCGAUCGCUGUUCGACUAUAUUAACAAAAGGCCAAGAAUUAUCAUUGACUGCAGAACUUAAAGAUGAAUUUAAUGAAGCAUAUCUUGAAUUAGGUGGACUGGGUGAGCGAGUUCUUGGAUUUUGUGACUACAGACUUGAUCCGCAGGAAUUCCCUCAAGGAUUUGCUUUCGAUUCGGAUGACCCAAAUUUUCCACUCGAUCAUCUUCGAUUCACUGGACUAAUUUCUAUGAUAGAUCCACCACGUGCAGCUGUUCCAGAAGCAGUGUCGAAAUGCCGCAGUGCUGGUAUUAAGGUUAUAAUGGUGACUGGCGAUCAUCCUAUUACAGCGAAAGCAAUAGCCAAAUCAGUUGGGAUAAUUUCAGAUGAUGCAGAAACAGUGGAAGAUAUUGCAUUAAGAAAGGGAAUCAGUGUUGAAGAUGUAAAUCCUCACGAAGCUCGAGCUGCUGUCAUUCAUGGUGCGGAUUUAAGAGAUAUGGAUGAAGACCAAUUGCAGCAGAUUUUAGAUUCGCAUGAUGAAAUUGUUUUUGCAAGAACCUCACCACAGCAGAAGUUGAUGAUUGUGGAAGGUUUCCAGCGCCAAGGCCAAAUUGUUGCUGUUACUGGUGAUGGUGUUAAUGAUUCUCCUGCAUUGAAAAAAGCUGACAUUGGAGUCGCUAUGGGGAUUGCGGGAUCAGAUGUUUCGAAACAAGCAGCCGAUAUGAUUUUGCUCGAUGACAAUUUUGCCUCGAUCGUUACCGGUGUUGAAGAAGGCCGACUUAUCUUCGAUAAUCUCAAAAAAUCUAUUGCUUAUACAUUAACAUCAAAUAUCCCCGAAAUAUCUCCAUUUUUAUCAUUUAUAUUACUGGAUAUUCCCUUACCACUUGGAACAGUUACCAUUCUAUGUAUCGAUCUGGGUACUGAUCUAUGGCCAGCAAUUUCGUUAGCAUAUGAAGAAGCUGAAAGUGAUAUUAUGAAUAGAAAACCACGUGAUCCAAAACAUGAUAAACUGGUGAAUGAACGGCUUAUUUCUGUAGCCUAUGGUCAAAUUGGUAUGAUACAAGCAUCAUCGGGAUUCUUUGCUUAUUUUUAUAUUAUGGCUGAAAAUGGCUUUUUUCCUUGGGAUUUAUUAGGUUUGAGAGCUAAAUGGGAUUCUCGAGCAGUAAAUGAUCUUGAAGAUAGUUACGGGCAGCAAUGGACAUAUGCAAAUCGAAAGGUGCUUGAAUACACUUGUCAUACAGCAUUUUUCUCAAGUAUCGUUAUAGUACAGUGGGCUGAUUUAAUUAUUUGUAAAACACGACGAAAUUCGAUAGUGCAGCAAGGCAUGAGUAAUUGGAUCUUAAAUUUUGGCCUUGUUUUUGAAACUGCUCUAGCUGCUUUUAUGGCUUACUGUCCUGGUCUUGAUAAUGGUCUUCGUAUGUAUGGCUUACGUUUUUCGUGGUGGUUUCCUGCUUUGCCAUUUUCUAUUUUAAUUUUUGUGUAUGAUGAAUGUCGUCGCUAUUUGAUACGUCGUUUUCCAAAAGGAUGGGUCGAACAAGAAACUUAUUAUUAG